CGAAUCGGCGGUGGCGGGGUUUGAAUUGCUGUUUGGGUUCUGUCUGUGACGAGGAGAGGGGGGUAACGGCCUGGGCUCGAGACACGGUGACGAGGAGAGGGGGGUAACCGCCUGGGCUCGAGACACGGUGACGAGGAGGGGGGGUAACGGCCUGGGCUCGAGACACGGUGACGAGGAGAGGGGGGUAACGGCCUGGGCUCGAGACACGGUGACGAGGAGAGGGGGGUAACCGCCUGGGCUCGAGACACGGUGACGAGGAGAGGGGGGUAACGGCCUGGGCUCGAGACACGGUGACGAGGAGAGGGGGUAACGGCCUGGGCUCGAGACACGGUGACGAAGGAGGGGGGGGGUAACGGCCUGGGCUCGAGACACGGUGACGAAGGAGGGGGGGUCGCGGCCUCGAGAAGCACUCGGAGGAGCGUGGGGAACUGUCAAACCAGUGGAAGCAGCGCGGCCGAUGCGGGAGAAGCUGCAGGAAAAAACCCUUUCCGACAUCAGUCAGGUGUUGGGGGCUGACAACUGAAAAUGGUCAAUGAAAGGGUUCAAAAGAAGUCUUUCCAGGACAGCCUGGAAGCUAUCAAGGAGCGAAUGAAGGAGAAACGAAAUCUGAAUUUGGCUAAAGUUGUCAGGGCUAAGCAAAGCAAGACUUCAAGAGUUAAAAACAAUAUACUAAAUAAAAGCUCCUUGAUAAAAUAUAUCCAAGAAAACAACCAAGACCUAGCACUGUCUUUAGCGGCAGAAAAGGAGAAGCUGAGAGAGGCACAAGAUGUGAUAUUGUCCAUGAAAAGAGAGCGGCAGUCAAUGAUGUUCCACAUUUUUAUGCUAAGAAGGAAACUUGAACAUCUUCCAGAGCAAGUUGAGACCAGACUAUCUACUUUGAAAAAGAUCAUCUCUAAAGUAACUAACAACCUGAUACAUGCUGCGGAUCUUCUUGGGCCUAUGCAAGAGUUGUGUUCGUUCAAUGUAAACUUGAGACCAGUAGGAUCAUUUGAAAAUGACUUUGAAGAGGAUGAUUUAUUACCUGAUUUACCAGAAAGUUCUUUAAUGGAGUCCCCAGUUACGGACCAGGCCAAAGGAGUUCCAAUUAAGAAUUCAAAAACGGACAAAAAUCAACUAUCUGAAGAUGCUGAGACAACUAUGACAAAUGAAGUGUUGCUGCCUAAUGAAAAGCAAACUCGAUCUGCAUUAAAGAAAUCCAAAGGGAGACGAUCAACAUUAUACCACAGUGAAGUCUCUGAUGAAACAUCAGCAGCUACAUUUGAUGAUGCUACAUGUGAGGGAGUGGUUUCUUUGCCAAAAGGAGUUUCAAUUAGGCGACGUUGUGGAAGGAAACAUACAUCAUUCUGUGGUCAGAUUGACACCUUCAAUUCUUUCAAUAGCUUUAAUGAUUAUUCAGAAAUUCCAUCAAUAAUUGAGGAAGGUCUCAAAGAGCAAAAGUCAGCAAUUCAUUUGGACACUGUGGAAAGUUCACCUGAAUCUGAAAAUUGCAGUGAAGGAAACAAUGCGUCAAACAUUAACAUGGAGCAGAUACAAAUUACGAACAAUUUGGAACUUGAGAGAGUCAAAACUAAGCUCGUCGUCAAUGCAAGAAACACUGAAAUAGUAAAUUUUGAAAAUGUGCAGAAGAUGAAACCUGUUUCAGAAAAAGUUGAUGUUCGAUUGGAAGUGGAACGAGGGAGAAAGGGAAAGUUAAAUGAGGGAAAUAGAAGUAUGCCAUUAAAGAAACCUUGGGAACCCACGAGACGUAGAACAAGAUCCAGCAGUAGAGAUCGAAGUCAAAGUAAAAAAAGUAUAGCCAAAGAACGAAAGUCUCUUAAUCUUAAUAUUAGUAAUGCUUAUGAUUUUGAUUGUGAAGAAAGUAUUCAUCUUACACCUUUCCGUCAGAAAGAGCAAACGAAUGGGAAUAUAGAGAAUACUAAAGAAAGUACUAGUUCGGAGAAUAGCUCAUUUAAUGAUUUAGAUGAAGAUGAUAGUCCUUACCUUCCUCCUGCUGAAAAACGCAGGAAAAGAUCCAGGAAUAGUCAGGGUAGUGAAGAGACAGCAGCUUUUCCAGCAAGACGGAGGUCAAAAAGGACCACAGUAAUAUUACAGCGAAGGCACUCCCAUGAAAAAGGACCUCAAUGUAUUAGCGAAGGGGAAAUGGUUCAAAGUGGAAUUAAGACUUCUGAGCCUCUGAAACUACCAAAGAAUGACAAAGCCAAUGAAGUUGAAAAUUCCAAAUCUGCUGGAAAGAAUAUUCUAUUAGAAAUAGCGCCAAUUUAUGAUGCGGAAGGAACUUCUUGUGUUAAAAGUAGAAGUAUACAGAAAUUUAAAAAUUGUGAACUGAUGCCUGAGACAGCCUUGUUACCUCACAAAGACCAAGGUAGAGAAAAUGCAAGAAGUAAUGAGAAAGUGAAGAAUAAACAAGCCCUUAAAACAACAGGAAAUGAGCUGGACACCCCUCGCUUCAGUCUGAGUGAUAUCACCAAUUUUUCGUUCACACCUGUUGAAAACCAGAAAAUGAGGAUGAUUUAUUCUCCUAUAUUGGGUGAAAAAUGGGCUGAUCCUGUGGCAGAUGUUUCUAAGCGCAGGUGCACCGUGUCUGUGAAUUAUAAGGAGCCAAAUCUUAAUGCGAAAUUGCGUAGAGGAGAUAGGUUCACUGACACUGAGUUUUUGAACUCGCCAGUAUUCAAACUGAAGAAGGAUGUUGCAUCUUGCCGGAAAUCUGGAAAAAAGAAAUCUCCGCUUAACCGAUAUAAUGAAGCAUUUGUUGGCUGCCGAUAAUAUCAUAACUCAAACUGUAUAUCAUGAUUUCCUUAAUUUAAGAUCAAACUUACUGUGUAUUAAUGUUAUUUUUUUGAUAAGAUAUUUACAUCUUUGUAUAUUAGCUGGUUUUCAUUGUUUUCAAGUAUUUUAGAAGCUAUUGGAUUAAAACAAUUUUCACUAUUGUUCAAUUAACUGUUAUUAACAUAGCAAAACCUUUUUACUGAAACUUUUAGAUACUGUAGUGUUUGUAACAAUUAUUUCUAAUUUAGCUUAGAAAUCAUGUAAAGGAAAUCAGAAGGUGAAUUGAUGCCCUUUUAUUGAAGUUGCGUCUGCUGCUUGUUUACCCAAUAUUUUAACUGUAGCAGAUUGUAAAAGAUCAGAAACUCAUGUUAAAAUAAAAUUUGACUGUCAAUG